AAGCAUAAAAUCGUUCUAAUCGAAGAAAAUUAGGAAGAAUUUAUUAUUUACCGUAAAAUGAAGCAUUUUAGGAUUUAUUUUAAUCAACAAUUUUAGGACUAAGCAGGCCAUGUACACGGUCCCUUUUUCAAUGAAGCCAAAGAAAUUUUGUACCGAACUUUUGUUCAAAAAUCAUCCCUAGUGAUUGAGGCGCCACUCGUGGCGGGCAUGGCAACUUCUUUGAUAUUUUCUCUCGAACUCCUUAGUCUUGUUUGCGUCUUUCGGGAAUUUAAAGGAAUUUUCAAUAAAAAAGUCAUGGAGAAGGAUCUCUUGGGAUACGAGGAACUGUUUGUGAAGCUAAUGAAGAAGGGUGGAGCAUUUACACAGAAUGAUAUCAGAGAAAUUAGAUCAAUUCCUUGUGAUGUCCUGGUGGAAUUGUUCCAGACAAUGCAGGAUAAAAAUCACUUCCAGGACAAAUAUUUCAAUAGCCAGAUGGAUUUUCUGGCAAUCAUGUAUGAAUCUUUUGUGGGAUUGAUUGCAGAGACACGGAAGAUUAAGAAGAAGCAAAAGCAGCAGAAGAGGAAGAAAUUUCUAAGGGAGCAUCCGGAUUUGUAUAUGAGAGAUGAAAGAUGGGAUUUUUGUGAGUAAAAUUUAUUCAUUUUUAGAUUUUAUUUGUUGAGCUGUGAGCUUCUUUUCAGUGGGAGACAUUGCCAAUGCAACUCCGGAGCAGAUGCAGCUAAUGUGGGUGGAGGGAUUGAGGCGUGGUAUCAAUAUGCCGGAUACCUCGUCAUUGGAGGAACCCAGACACGAAGGAACACCACAGCUUGAUGAGUUCUUUGGGGAAGGAGCACCCAAUCAGCUAGUGGAAGGAAGUUCUUCCGGUAACUUUGAACCCAGAUUUUCUUCCACUCCCCAGAGCACAGAGAUUUCAAACUCUUGGGACGAAUUUGGACAUAAUUUCUGAGGAGUGUGAGAUACCUCCACAGCCAAUGGCGCAAUCUGUGGAUGCUUUUCAUCCAGAUCCAAUACCCCAAGUGAAUGCUACUCCACGUCUUUCUCAGUAUUUGUCAAAUGUUUCUCAUCCGGAGGGGAUUCACAGGACACAGGGACGAGUGAUUGAAUUCAAUGAACCUUCCUCUAUUCCACAACCGCAUACACUCUCUCAAGAAUUGCUUCAGGAGGUGCCAAAAGAGCCACUUCAGUUGAUACCACCAUUAAAUAUUCCUCCUGAACCACAUGCACAGCUCUCUGGUGCAGAAGCUCUAGAACAGCAACAACAGCCUCCAGUUCCGGAAGCUGCAGAAGUUCAACUUGUUCCUGAAGCUGAGCAUCAGGACGUGCUUGUUGAGCAGCAGAAACAAAUUGUUGAGCAGCAGCACCAGAUUGUUGAACAGCAGAACCAGAUUGAUGAGCAGCAGCCAGACUUUGUACGCUUGAGGAAUGAAGCCAUUCAGCGACAUAUUUCAACUUCUGCUUCACAAUAACACCCAUUAGAAAGCGUCGUGUUCAUCGUCCUCUUGAGUGCUGGGAUCUACGUGACGAGGCACCGCAAGUGGUGACAGAAGCAAUGAUGAGGAGGUUCCUCCGGCACACUCUGCACUUCCCGAAACCUCAUAUCUACACUUGUGAGAAUGUUCCGUCAGACAGUUCAUCGAAUCAACCUCGUCAAAUGAGCCAUCAGAGCUCCUCCAGCACUCAUCCAAAUGUCUCUACAUCCAAAGAGCAAGUGUCUCUGCAAUUGCCAUCGAUUGGGGAGUUGCCCUCUGAAUUGUUGAAGCCUUAGAAAGAUGUUUCAAUGAUUCCGGAAAUUCCGCCUGUGCCGGAUGUUCCAAUCUUGCCGGAAGUUCAUCCACCUGUCCCAAUUUUGCCAGAUCACGAGCAAUUGAUUCCCAUUGUACCAGAUGUUCAGCAACCGAUUCCAGUUGUUCCAGAUCAGGAGCAACCAAUCCCCCCAAUGAUUGCAGAAAUUCAGCAACCUUUGCCAAAUGCCCCACUUCAAGCUCAAUCUGCUCCCCAGCCAAUGGACAUUGAUCAGCAGCGUCUUUCUGUUCAGCAUAUUCAACAAAUUACUCCUCAAACUCCGCAAGAAGUUCCAAUCCAACCAGCUAUUGUUGAAGCAAUACAACCAGAUGUUUCUGCCAUUCAGAAUCUUCCGGAAGCUGCACAAAUUCCACCAGAACAAAAAAAAUCAUUCCACGUGAGCAAAUUCCUGUUGCAACACUUGCAGUACUCACAGAUUCCCAGUUGGAGAGGAUAAAGAAAAUCCUGAGGCUUCUGUAUGCUAGGCGCGUGAUGUCCAUGAUGGACUUGAAAGAUGAAUUUCCAGAGAAAAUUGAAAUUUCGGCUGUUUUUGGGUAAGAAAAUUAUUAAAAAUUCCUUGAGAAAUUUUUAAUUUUUUUUUUAAAUAAUUUUGUAAAUUUUCAGAGUUUAAUGGAAUUCUCUGGACAAUGGUCAGUAAUGAUAUCAAUGAACUGGUAGCACGGAAGAUUAAGAAGUAAAAUGAAUUGUUUCAAAAAAAAA